AUGUUGCCCAAAGACUUUCAGUGGGGGUUUGCCACGGCUGCCUACCAGAUCGAGGGCGCCGUCGACCAGGACGGCCGCGGGCCCAGCAUCUGGGACACCUUCUGCGCGCAGCCGGGCAAGAUCGCCGACGGCUCGUCGGGCGUGACGGCGUGCGACUCGUACAACCGCACGGGCGAGGACAUUGCGCUGCUCAAGUCGCUGGGCGCCCGGGCGUACCGCUUCUCCAUCUCGUGGUCGCGCAUCAUCCCCGAGGGCGGCCGGCAUGACCCCGUCAACCAGGCCGGCAUCGACCACUACGUCCGGUUCGUCGACGACCUGCUCGACGCCGGCAUCACGCCCUUCAUCACCCUCUUCCACUGGGACCUGCCCGAGGGCCUGCACCAGCGGUACGGCGGGCUGCUGAACCGCACUGAGUUCCCGCUUGAUUUCGAGCACUACGCCCGCGUCAUGUUCAGGGCGCUGCCCAAGGUGCGCAACUGGAUCACCUUCAACGAGCCGCUGUGCUCGGCCAUCCCGGGCUACGGCUCCGGCACCUUUGCGCCCGGCCGGCAGAGCACCUCGGAGCCGUGGGCCGUCGGGCACAACAUCCUCGUCGCCCACGGCCGCGCCGUCAAGGCGUACCGCGACGACUUCAAGGCCGGCGACGGCCAGAUCGGCAUCGUGCUCAACGGCGACUUCACCUACCCCUGGGACGCGGCGGACCCGGCCGACGUGGAGGCGGCCGAGCGCCGGCUCGAGUUCUUCACGGCCUGGUUCGCCGACCCCAUCUACCUCGGCGACUACCCGGCGUCGAUGCGCAAGCAGCUGGGCGACCGGCUGCCGACCUUCACGCCCGAGGAGCGCGCCCUCGUCCACGGCUCCAACGACUUCUACGGCAUGAACCACUACACGUCCAACUACAUCCGCCACCGCAGCUCGCCCGCCGCCGCCGACGACACCGUCGGCAACGUCGACGUGCUCUUCACCAACAAGCAGGGCAACUGCAUCGGCCCCGAGACGCAGUCCGCCUGGCUGCGCCCCUGCGCCGCCGGCUUCCGCGACUUCUUGGUCUGGAUCAGCAAGCGCUACGGCUACCCGCCCAUCUACGUGACGGAGAACGGCACGAGCAUCAAGGGCGAGAACGACUUGCCCAAGGAGAAGAUCCUCGAGGACGACUUCCGCGUCAAGUACUACGACGACUACAUCCGCGCCAUGGUCACGGCCGUGGAGCUGGACGGCGUCAACGUCCGGGGGUACUUUGCCUGGUCGCUCAUGGACAACUUUGAGUGGGCGGAUGGCUACGUGACGAGGUUUGGGGUUACGUAUGUGGACUAUGAGAAUGGGCAGCAGCGGUUCCCGAAGAGGAGCGCGAAGAGCCUGAAGCCGCUGUUUGACGAGCUGAUUGCGGCGGCGUGA